AUGGAAGAAUGUGAAAGACCGCCCGCUAAAAAGCCCCGGUUAACUGAAAGCGAAGGAAAUAAUCAGUUGCACCAAACACACCGUCCAUUUUCUAUUCCCGUGCCAAUAAACGAAGAAAUUGGAGAAAUAAGUGAAGGUUACGAGAGGGAUAAUGAAUGCGCCAAUGUCAAUGAUCAAUCGAGAUUUAAUGCAACGCCUUAUUUUUUGCCAGAUUCGCCGAUCUGCCCUGAAGAGCUUCUUUUGUAUGCACUGAUGAAACUUGCAUUCAAAACAUGCACGUUUACUAAACACCACUCCGAGUCCAUGUACGAACCAAUUGUUCACAUCAUUUCUAAAAUAUGUGGUGUUCAGUUUGCAUGUUCGUCUGUUCGCCGUUAUUUUCCCAGGGUUUCCAAUAAUCAUUUAAAGUCUGGUGUUGGAAAGUGCAACGGAAAAGUUAGAUGGGUUUAUUUCAAUAAAGAGACGGAAAUAUUCAUGUCUAUUUGCGCCACGGAGCUUGACACUGUUGUAAAAAACCCCACUGCUAUUCCCGAGUAUCUUAUAUUCCAAGUGAAUGAGAAGUUGAAGGAAAUUUGCUACUCUGAAAUAAAUCAAUACGAGGAAAUUCUUCUAGAGAACGGCUGUAAUUUCGCCACACAGUUCAACACUAUGAUCAAGCCACAUCUACAAUCCUCUACCUCACCCUGGAUACCAUGGUUCGACUCAGUGCAAAGAACAAUCCACCUUUACAGUUUUGGAGAUUCUCCAGGGUACGCUAACAAAGAAGUCAAAAUAUUGAAUACAUUCGAAUGGAUAUUCUUUACCAACAAAAUCGAGAGGCAAAUUUCGAGUGCUUUUCCGUUAGCGGAAAGUCCAAAAAAAGUCGAAACCGUUAAAUCUUUGAUAGAAUUAAUUCAAUUAAUCGACGAGUACAAUACAUGCGAAGGUUGCGAACGAUCAGAGGAUUUUGAAACAUUAGAACGCGAAGGAAACAGUGGAAUCUACAAAACCAAAGAAGGGAAAGAUGCUGUUAUGAAAGAAAAUGGAACACUUCGUUCAACAAACUGCAGUGUUUUGGUACCUAAAGAGUGUCUACAAUGCUUAUCCUGUAAAAAGAGCCAACGUUAUAUGCGAACUUUGUUAUCAAGAAGAAGCCUUCAAACAGUUGACGUUAGAUCUCAACAAAAGGGACGACUUGAUUACAAGACAAAAGAUGAAUUAUUAGAAAUUGCGCGAGAAUCUGCAAGCACCAUAAAAAGGUUGCAAGUAAAGAAUAAGCGAUUGGAGAGAGCAAUGGAGGAUAUGAUUGAAGUUGGGCCAACGUCUAACAGCGACCUUCAACAUAUAUUUCAAAAUUUGCAAACGGGCCUGGAAAAAAACAAGGAGAAGAGACAAAAACCAAUUUGUCUUUGGGAAAACUGUGAGUUACCAGGAUUCCAAAACGUCGAGGAAUUAUUUCGCCAUUGCAAAAAUCACAUCGAGCGUCUUGAUACAAGCGUUAUUUCUCCCAUCAAUAGGCGUUAUUACUGUAAAUGGCAAGAUUGUAAGAAGACUUACUCAAAAUUAAAACUUCUUGAAAACCAUAUCAGGGAACACACUGGUAGUCUCAACGAUGAAUUUCUGGAAACAUUGCUUUCUGAUCAAGGAAAGGCAAUGACGACAAACCCGAAGCAAAUGAGAUGGCACCCACUUGUUAUCAAGUGGUGUCUCCGAAUAUAUAUAAAGUCGCACAGUUUAUACGAGGAUAUACGGAAUUCUGGAGGGUUAAAAUUGCCAAGUGGAAGAACAUUGUCUGAUUACAAGAACUUCAAUCACGCUGAUUCUGGUUGGCACAUGGAAACUGUACAGACGAUGAAGAAGCAAUUUGACAAAAUGAAGCCACCGAAACACGCCAAACUCGGCCAGUUGGUUUUUGACGAAGUCAAAAUAAACGAAGGCCUUGUUUUUGACCCGAAAAAUUGGGAACUUGUAGGAUUUACUGACAUUAAUGAGGAUGAGAUCAAUAAAGGGAAAGAAUCUAAAACAGAUCGAACCGAGAAACUUGCUAGCCACGUGUUGCAGUUUUUUUUCAGGAGUCUCUUUUUCAAGUUCGACUACCCUUGCGCCUUUUUUCUAACGACUAACCUCACCGCACUACAACUCAACAGAUUGUUCUGGCUCGGAAUAAGUAUGCUGCAUACAUUUGAAUUUGAAAUUUUGGUCUCUUGCUGUGAUGGUGCAUCUUGUAAUAGAUCCUUCGUCCAGAUGAAUAUUGCAAAUGAAACCAGCAGCUCCUGUCAAAACCCGUUUUCUGGGAUGCCCUUAUUUUUUAUAUCCGAUCCUCCCCAUCUGAUUAAGAAAUUAAGAAACAACCUGCAUAGCAGUGGUUUCAAAGAAAAAAACAGUCGUUACACUAGAUCCCUACUUCUACAUGGAAAAUAUAUUCUAUGGGACCACAUUUAUUCGGUGUAUGCAAGGGAACAGAAGAGGCAUCUGUAUGUUACAGAUCUCAGAAAAGCCCAUGUGGAAAUUGACAGGAUGAGCAAGAUGCGUGUUAAAUUAGCGGUGCAAACCCUAUCAAUGAAGGUGGAAAAUGAAAUGCAUGAAUGUGAAAACGAAGCAACGGAAGAGACCAGAGAAUACAUCAAAGCUUGUGCAAAAUUCUGGAACGUUUUUAAUGAUCCUAAGCCUCUAAGCACAAUCGAGGACAGUAGAAUAUCCCAGCUAGAUGAGGUUGUUAAAUAUUUUGAGGACUGGAAAUCAUGGUUAUGCACACAAUACAAGACGAAAGCAAUACAGUCCAAGCACUUCAUAUCUUGGCAAACAAAAUUUGAUCUUGAGGUAAAGUGUACAUAUACAUAUGAUUGACUAUACAGGGUGCAUAAAAAAAAGUUAAUCUAACUUCAGCGCGCUAUUAUACGUGAAUUACUCGGCGUAUGAAAAUUGAUUUUCAUAUUCGGAAAGAUAUCAGGCCUUCAGCUAUUGAAUGACAAGUGGAGAAAAAAUAAGCAUGUACGAAGCCGAUUGAAAAUUUUAGUCAAAAUCGCAUAUUUUCACCUCUGUGCCUAAUUAAAACAAUGCAUAAAAAAAGAAAAAGCAAUUAAUCACGAACGUGUCGUAGCUUAGCUAAGAUUUAUUCCUAUACUUAAUAAUAAUUAUAUAUAUAUGUGCGUCGUUUAUUGAAGCGAAAUUCAUCAACUUAAGUACCAAAAGGGCUUCAUUUUCAAUGGUUUUUACUAAUUCAGAUACAAUAGCGCGCUGAAGUUUCGAUAACUUUUUUUAUACACCCUGUAUAUAUACCUGGAAAGAUAUAGAAAACUUCGAUAUUUCGAGCGAAGGCCCUUCGUCGGGAAGUUAUUAGGCCGACGAAGGGCCUUCGCUUGAAACGGCGAAGUUUUCUUUCUAUAUUUCCAGGUAUACAGUAGCUAUCACAUUCACAUAGAAGAUUUAUCGAAGAUUCAAUCUACACUGACACUAAGCGUUCGAGAUAUUACCAUAUAUAUAUACUAUAUAUAUUACCAUAUAGUUUUUCGUUUUACCUCAAAAAACCACAACAGUCUGUUUCAUCCGUAUAGGAAUCAUCAGGAAUCAUCAUAUAUAUUAGGAAUCAUCAUAUAUAUUACCAUCAUAUAUAUAUAUAUAUAUAUAUAUAUAUAUAUAUAUAUAUAUAUAUAUAUAUAUAUAUAUAUAUAUAUAUAUAUAUAAUAAUAAUAAUUUGUGAUCAGUUUUUUACUUAUCUUUAAAAUAUCAUUUUAGAUUACAGUAAAUGCUUUAAAGGAGCUUCUGAAGUUCUUGAAAACCGAUGAAUUUACGAAAGAAUAUGGAGGUGACUUGUAUCUGAAUUUAAAAAAAUUGAAUCAAGAUUUCCUGGAAUCCUUUUUCUCGUGUCAGCGCCAAAUGUGUGGUGGGACAAAUAACAUGACAGCCUACACAUACGGUUAUAACAUUAGCAGUUUGACGAGUCUUCGCUCAUCAAGACUACUUAUGAAAAAACAGACAAAUGUAUAUGAGGUAGAAGAAUCUCUCCCUUACUUUAACAACGCAGAUGAACAAUUACCAAAACGACAGCCCAACAAAUCUAUAUUGGAAACGGUUCCAUGGUUUGUCGAAUUGUAGACUACGUGCACACGGUAACGUUUUCCAGCGUUUUCAUUUUACGAGCUUUUACGCCAAAACGAAUGCAUGCAAACACUAUCAAUUUACAAAAGAUCGAAGUUCAUUUAAUAUAUUGGAGAUAUUUACCUUUGGACCGUGUGAACAGGACGUCACAACAAAUUUUAAAGUGACAAAAACGAUUUUGAAAACGCUCGGAAACGACGCCCGUGCAUAUGCACAUAGCCUUAGUCUUGAUAGUAAAGUAGUAAUUGUAUUGUAAAUAAUUCACCAUCCAUUUCAUUGGGGUUUCUGGUGUUGCCCUGUUGGUGAAUCAUCUUGUAACUAAGAAAUAGAAACAUAAGGUAAUGAACAAUUAAUAUAUGUGAACUUAAGGUGGCCACCUAUACACUUUUUAAAAAUGAAAUAUUUUCUGAUUUGCACAUGAAUUUCUGGGCAAUAAUUAUUCAUGUGGAAGAACAAAAAAUAUCUGACUUGAAUAAAACAAUAUAACUAAGUUCUUAAAAAUUUACUCCUAUAGCAACCGUGCGUUUCAACUUUCAAUAUGGCAGAUAUUUUUGGUUUAAAGUAAUUUAAUUCAGUAAACUCCUAUUUUUUAUUUUAUAACAUGAUUUCUUUUAGUAUAUGUUGAAUCAUUUUCGUGAUCUAAAAAAUUCUGUCAUGCCAAAAUUUUCCAAGUUUGAAAAAAUUUAAAUGUAAUAAUUCCUAACAAUUUUUUCCCCGCAUGACAGAAUUUUAAAAAAAUCAUAACAAUGAUUCAAAAUACUAAACAAAUUCUUUUCAAGAAAUAAAAAAGGGGUAACUGAUCUUAUUUUCAAGUUAAGUAACUUUAAACCCAAAAUAUCGGCCAUAUUGAAGCGUUAUUGUUGAUUCCUUUUUGAACAAUCUAACUCUGUAGUUAUUAUUUUACAAAUCGGACUUUCUUUGUCUUUUAAACAUAUAGGAAUUGUGGAAAAAUUGGGACUAAAUUGGAAAUUUUCCAUUUUCUAUUAAACUGGAGGGAGCCACCUUAAGCUACAAGAUUGUUGUUAAUAGUAACUACUGUUACUAAUGUUAUUACGAGUUUAACGAUUCAUUAAAUAUAUGUGGUUGUAAUAUGAUACCAGCAAUAUCAAGUGCUAUCAGGGGUUAAUAUUAGGAUGUUAGGGUUUGUAAUCCAAGUGAGAAUAUAUACAUUUUAAGACCUAACCAGGAACGACUGCGAAAAAUGCAGCACAAGGUCCUCUGGUAGGAAUUGAACCCACGGCCCUGCGAUUCCAGGUGCAGCGCUCCAACCAACUGAGCUACAGAGGCCAGCUGCUGAGCUGUAACUGUAACAUGGACUGGAAAUAAUACACCGCAGGGAACUGGGGGCGUCUUCUCAAAUCUGGUAAAAAAAGGCAGGGAGGGCACUACAUCAAUGAUUCUAAAUAUGAUUGUCUAAUAAACACUUUUGGCUUGGAAACACCAUCUUUUGAACUUUUAAACCACAUUAUCCAACAUUUUUGGAGCUGCACAAUUUUAAACAAGGCUCAUGAACAACCCACUAGAUCAAAUAAUGAUGAUGAUUUAUCCACCAAAUGCUCAACAUCCACCAAAUCGUUGCAAAAUAUUGAGUUUGAGUCGCUGAGGAAGCAUGCUGGUUGGGCCAUUAACAUGCCAGAGAUUUUAUUCAAAGUGCAGGGUUUCUUUCAGGAUUUUCUCUUGGGCCCGUUUUUCCAGAGAAGAUUGAGUUUAGCUAAACAGCUGGGGGUCUGAGGCGGCUGCCCCCCUAUGGCAGGCCGAAUCCUGUACCUACUUUAGUGUAGUUGAGAUACAAUGUAUUAAAGCGGGGCAUUAGGGGACACAAUAAACUGGUUAAAAAUAGUGAAAUUGUGUUGUGUUGAGAAAUGAAUUCCAGCCAUUUUGUACUUAAUUUUUGGGUUUUCAACUAAAACCUAAUUUGCACACGUCAUGAAUUUAACUCAAACAACUUCAUUUUACUGCACAGAAUCUUUUGAUGAGAAGAUUGAGUUUCAAAACUCAAUACAAGGUUGAUCAAUAAAAAUUUCCUGACAAAAACCCUGAAGUGAACCUACUACUUCAAAAGUUCAGGUCUCAAAAGCUGAUGACUCAUUUUGUGAGGUGAGCAAGAAGAAUCUUUUGGAUAUUUUUAAAGAUCUUGGGGAAGAUGUCCUUGUGCAACCUGGGAAGUAUUUAUUUAUACCCAAUGAGGAAGUGGUGCCUGUUUUCUUGUCUUUGCACUCUUCACUAGAGAAAAGCAACCUUGAAACAGAUGCCAGCAAAGAUGUUUUGAAAGAAUGCCUCGAAGCUUUGUGUGAAGAUAAAUGCUUGCGGGAUAUGCGGUAUGGUGCAUUGCAUCUAGGAAGUCCAGAAGAUCUGUCCUUAAAAGCAAGUUAUGUCUUGGUCCUCCAAUGA